AAAUCACGUCACCGCGGACUGCGGACUGCAAUGUCGCCCUUCGCCUGCGCGCUACGGACCUCCGACCGCAAGCACCAAUGCCGGACCUUGAACUCGAGACCGCAAUGAGACCGCGGAGCUGGAAGAGGGGCCAUGGAUUCCUAUGUUUCGGCGCGGCGGCCGCAGAGGAGGACGAGGUGGAGGAGUCCUCACGGGGCUCCGUGGGUUCCUCCGGCCAGGGCGAGGAGGCCUUGCAGGAUGGACCACGACCGAGGAGGUUGCGCUUGCAAUCCCGAGUCCUAGCCAAGUUCUUUAGAUCCGUAUCUUUCCUUACUUGUCCGAAUCGGAACGGGAAAGAGAGGAGGAAUUCGAGCCGGUUGUCGGAUUCGUCGAAGACCGCGUCGGAAUCGAGCGCGAAAUCCAGGGACGGUGACGAUAACCAUAGGUCUGCGGCGGCGGUCUUUUCCUCCUCCUCUUCCUCGUCCUCGCCCUUCUUCUCCUCCUCUUCUUCUUCUUCUUCUUCCUCCUCCUCCUCCUCUGCGUCUUCCGCCUCAAUAUCUCGUUUGUCAUCGGCGGUCACAUCCGGUUUCCCGGAUCCUCCGGAGCAGAAGGAACAUCAGAAGCGGUCGCCGCCGACGCUGUGCAGUUCGGCCACCAGGGCGUUUCUCCUCGUCACCGGCUUGGCGAUGACGGUUUUCUGCGGCAGGCUGUCCGCGAUCAUGUGGACGUCGUCGUGGCUCUGCUUGAUUGCUCGCCGGUUCAGCAAGCGCGAGACGGCGGCGGUGAAGGAGAUUAUAGAAGCAGCGCCCGCGGAGGUUGUACUGAAGGUGGCGGCGGCGAAGCUUCGACGGGAGCGAGGGGAGGAGAGAGAGCAGAAGAAGAAAGUCCUCUUCCUGUGCCUUUGGCGAAGAAAUAGAAAGGCUUGAUGUUAACCUCUUACUUAAUUUUUAGCUAUUUUAUUAUAUAAUAAAUAAUAAUAAUUAUUAUUAUUAUUCCAAUCUUAUUCAUGAUAUGAAUGCGGUUGAUGUCAUCCUAAUUAG